AACAUUUUCACCUUGUCAAAUUUCCCUUUUAUAUAACUCAACUCAACCCCUUCUCUCUCUCCUCUACAUUUUCUAAAUCCAAGAAAACCACUUUUCUUUAAUCUUUAUACAACUCUAGUAUAAUUAAUUUCCAAGAUUUAUAUAUAAUGACAUCUAUACACACACCACAUGUAUCUAUAUCACUUGCAAGAGUGCAAUAAUAAUCAAUUGAUCUGUUGGGUAGAAUCUUAGUGGAGAGAUUCUAACUGGGUAAAGGUUCUUUUUUUAUCUUGGGUGUUUUGUAAAUUGCAAGAGAGAUAUAAUAAUGGGAAAUGUGAAUGGUAGAGAAGAUAGUGGGACCCUUGAUAGCCCAUCUGGAGGUGGUGAUAUGGCAGAUGAAGAUGGUGGUGUUCUUGCUGAUGGUGAAUUUAUGGGCCCUUCUCCUCCUUCUAGCCCUAGGGCUGCUCAAUCCCCGUUGAUGUUCACUCCACAGGCCCCUGUGGUUCCUUUGCAAAGACCAGAUGAGAUGCACAUUCCAACCCCUUCAUGGAUGCAAACUACAUCUGGAUUUGAAGACAUGUCUCAUGAACAAGGAAUUCCGACAAUGAUAACAUGGAGCUACGAUGCCAAGGAAGUGUUUGUGGAGGGAUCAUGGGAUGACUGGAAAACAAGGAAACCGUUGCAAAGAUCAGGUAAAGACUUCACUAUUAUGAAAGUUCUACCGUCAGGUGUUUACCAGUACAGGUUUAUUGUUGAUGGACAAUGGAAGUAUGCGCCUGACUUGCCAUGGACCCAGGAUGAUGCAGGCAAUUCCUACAACAUAUUGGAUUUGCAAGAAUACGUUCCUGAGGAUAUUGAAAGCAUAGCUGGUUUUGAACCUCCACAGUCCCCAGAUUCAAGCUACAGCAACAUGCAGCUUGGUGCAGAAGACUUUGCAAAGGAGCCCCCAUUAGUUCCUCCUCAUCUACAAAUGACUUUGCUUAACGUUCCAUCUUACCACAUGGAGAUUCCACCACCUUCAAGACCUCAGCAUGUAGUGCUUAACCAUCUUUACAUGCAGAAAGGGAGGGCUAGCCCAUCGGUGGUGGCACUAGGCUCUACACAUCGUUUUUUGUCCAAGUAUGUAACGGUUGUACUCUACAAAUCCACACAAAGGUGACAAUAAAGCAUACAUUGUAUGUCCAUCAGCGUUCUUUGAGAUCCUAUAUGUGGAAUCGGCAAAAAUAUUGUAAACUCGUGUCUUUGGCUUUAACCAACUUUGAUAGAGCAAUUAGUUUGAUCAAUAAUUUGAUCGGCACAAUACACAUAAUUUCAUAU